AUGUCGGGCAGCCAGCAACAUUCCCCUUACAACCCCAAUCCCUCUCCCAGCUUGCCCUACCGAGCCUCCUUUUCCCCAUCUGAACAGCAUCGUCCUCCGCUCCCGAAUUCUGCUGCUCACUACCCGAACCCAUCCAUUCUACCCCAGCAGACCCAUCAACAGUUCGCGCCCAACGGUCGUUCUGGGCCUGCUGCUUCAUUACCUCCUCUGGCGACAAGUGCUCCAUACGUUACUCGCGCUGGCUACUAUGAUCCUGUAGAAUCCCGUCCCUCUGAUAUGAGUUCUGGUUGGAGCCAGUCUACUACAAGUACAACUAAUAUUGCUGCUACCACAUACGAAAGGAGGCACUCAACACAAUCUCAAACGAGUCGUGAUCAGCGCUACGCUUACGGCGGCGAAUCCAUCGUUAGAGGAGCCACACAAUCCCCCAUUCAUCCUAUCGAUCCAAAUUCAAGACGAAGUUAUCCUCUUCCUUCACCCACCUCAGCAUCAAGUAUUCACCAUACAACCGCAGAGUUGAGGUCAUCGAUGGGUCCUGGCGCGCUACAUCCAGAUUACGCGGCCGGACCCAGUUCACCGACAGCAAAGAAAGCCACCACUGCGCACCGAGGUGACGCAAUGUCUAUAUCUGCCCUUCUCAGCAACGCCGACGAACCUUCCACUGACACAACCACUCCCAAAAACGUUCCUCGCCUUACACAAACAACCAAACGCCGUUCACCAGAUCGAGACUCAAACAACACCAGUCUUGCCAUGUCGAGAGCAGGCUUACGGCAAGCUCCCCCUGCCAAACAGGCCACUACUUCGGCAAGCUCUUUUCGCUCAGGGGAUGCGGAUGCCACGGAUACAGAGUUGAGCUUUAGCAAUCACGGUGGCAGUGGAGGGAAGAACGGUUCCUUUCGUGGAUUUAGGUAUCACGAUUCUGUCAACCUCACUGAUGAUCCGGAUAAAACAGAUAGCGAACUGGAUGAUGGUGGGUUUGCACAGGAGAGGGCUGAAUAUUUGAAGAAAAUCCGGAAACGUCGUUUGGAAGUGGAGGGACGGGAGAAUGAGAACCGGAAGCGUCGGCGUGUCGUUUUUCAGAAUCAUCUUCACGACCAGUUUCACGCUCAUGCCAAAUCUUCCCGUGAACGCGCCCGUAUUCAGUUCUACGAAGAUGCUAUGGAACAGGUGAUGAAGCGGGAGGAGGAGGAUGAGAAGGAGCGCAAGAAGGAGCAACAGCGCAGACGCCGACGGGAGAAGGCUGAAUUUGAGAAGAAGUCCAGGGCGGAAAUCGCUGCCAAGGCUGCCGUUGAAGCUGCCGAACGAGAAGCUGCCGAGAAGCAUGUGAGGGAUGAGAUUGCUAGGCAGCGUUCGGCAGAGAGAGCUGCCAGAGAUGGACUUGAUGGGGCGCUUGGCUUAGGUCCCGAUAUGCACGACUCAGAUGCCAGUGGACCCCCGAUGGUGGUUGUUGAUGAGGGUGGAAAGAAGCGGAAACCUGGUAGGAAGAGGCAACCUAAAGAAACCAAGGAGACACCCGAGGUUAAGGAGGUGAAGGAGUUAAAACCGAUCAUCAAGGAGCCACCAGUACAGGAGGUUUAUGUGCCACACGUUUCAAAAAGUUAUAACCAAAUCUUCGACCAAAUCUGGAAAGAUAUCGCUAGACGAGAUAUUCCGAAGGUUUACAGAGUUCAACAGACUUCUUUGGCUACAAAACAGUCGAAUCUCAAAAAGACUGCCCAGCUGGCGGCCAAAGAGGCCCAACGUUGGAAGCUUCGCACCAACAAGAAUGUCAAGGAUACGCAAGCUCGAGCUAAGAGAUGUAUGCGUGAGAUGAUGACAUUCUGGAAGCGUAAUGAACGCGAAGAGCGAGACUCACGGCGCCGUGCGGAGAAGGAGGCUCUGGAACAUGCAAAGCGGGAAGAAGAGAAUAGGGAAGCCAAAAGACAGGCGAGAAAGCUGAACUUCUUGAUCUCGCAAACCGAACUCUACUCCCAUUUCAUUGGAAGGAAGAUUAAAACAGAUGAGGUUGAGCGGUCGACAGAUUCUGCAGGACCUGUCAGGAGUUUCGACGAUCUUGAUUUUGACGCCGAGGAUGAUGAUACUCUACAUCGAGUUGCGAUUAACAAUGCUCAGCAUGCUAUUCAAGCGGCACAGGAUACCGCUCGUGCGUUCAAUGCUCCAGGGCCCGGAGAUGGUAAGACCGAUCUUGGAAAUGUCAACCUCGAUGAAGGCGAAAUGAAUUUCCAGAACCCCACCAUAUCAAUUGAAGGGAUUGAACUGGCUUUGCAAUCUUUAUGA